GCCUUUUUAUGUGUCUUGCUUUGUUCCCUGCGUGCGAAACGCGUUUAGCUUCAGUGCGGCUGCCCACACGAGAGAUCUGAAUUGAAGGUCGCACUCUCCAGCGAUCUCACAGACGGCAACAGCAAGAGCAACAGUAGGGAUGCUUUCGCAGUCGCCGCUUUGCUGUUUUGUGGCCAUCACGCGCGCACUCUACGCAACUCCUGCCACGUCAUCGACGGCCACACACAAUGGCAUGGCUUCGUCCUCCACGCCGGCCGCCUCUCCCGCGGUCGCUGUCGCUGCGUUGAACCCCUCCAACGACCACUACGCCCAGUGGGGACGUGCGCUGCUGGAGGAGAACAACAAGCGCAUCGGACCAGAGCACAUGUUCCGCACCGCCAUCCGAGCCCAACAGCAGCUUCAGGGUCUGGCCGACAAGUGGACGCCAGACGCGAAGAUUUACUGCUGCGGUUCCAUGGUGACUCACGGACAGAUGGAGUGGGGCAGCGAUCUCGACCUCGCCUGCGUCUUCGACGACCCUUACCCAAAUCACCAAAUCCAGGCGAAGCGGGUGGAGCGUCUGUGGAGUGUGAUUAAGCGCUACAUGCCCUAUUACUUGAGACCGAACCUGUUGAAUCUGACCGAUGCCCGCACACCCGUCGUGAAGCUGCGUUACGUGAACGAGGAUAAGGUGGCACGGUCCCGCUACACGGUGUUCACCGAAGAGGAAGACCGCCGCUCCCGCACCGCUCUGUGGGACAUCCGCAAUCGCUGCCUCGACGACAGCGACUUGGAGUACAUCGCGUUGAAGAUGGGCCGCGAGAACGUCGAGGGGAUUUGGGUGCAGCGGACGACGUAUGGGUGCAAGGUGGCGGUGCAGUGCACCUCCCGCGAGCAGGCGAUCGAGGCGGUCGGCUUCUUUCCGGAUGGCAAGAUCAUGACGCGUGGGCAGCGCGAGGACUACACCCGCGACAUGCUCGACCCCCGCUUCGGGCCGGAGAUGUACAUGUACAAGUGGGACAUCUCAUUUGUGGCCUACGGCGUGAAGAACAGCUACCUGAUUCGGCACUACUUGCACCACGGCCCAGCCCCCGCGCGACACGCCGCAAUGGCGGCGAAGGCGUGGGGGAAGGCGACGGGCGUCGGUCUUGGCACGGCUGCCAUGCUGACCUCGUACGCCGUGACGAUCCUGUUGCUGCACUACAUGCUCGCGACGCGGCAGCUGGAGUGGGUCGAUCCAUGGUCCAUUGCCCACCCGGCGCACAUGCCGCGCUACCCCGACUACUCCCCGCUCGUGGACUGCGAUCCGGUGGAGCUGGCGAAGCUGCUGCACGGAUUUUUUAUUUACUACGGCAACCACUUCGACUACGAGAAGAACGUUGUCAGCAUCAGCCGGCCGCGGCUGUCGACGCGGGCGGACGUCGGCUGGAACUUCCCGCAGCACCGCAAGGGCACCUACUCCUACUUCAUGGGCAUCGAGGACCCGUACGAGGACGUUGGGAUUGGAGGGCUGAAUCUGGGUCGUCACCUGCACCCGGCCAAGUUCCAGCAGGUGAAACAGGAGUUUUUGCGCGCGGCGCAGAACAUGGAGCGCUACGUCCCCUUAAACUCACCCGAUAAGACCAUCAUUGGUGUGCGUCGGGCCGAUUUGUCGAGCCAACACAGCCGCUACCGCCAUGACCAUUAG